UGAAAAAUUUACAAAAUGAUCAAAACAAUGUCUUCAACUCGUGAACGAAUUAUAAUGCUCAAUGAUGAUGAUGAUGUUGAUGAUAAUAAUAACGGUGGUGGUGAUGAUAAUGAUGAUUUAUAUAAAGGUUAUAAUGAAUUUCAUCCAGUAUUGGAUACUCGUAAUCUACAAGAUGAUGAAGAAUUUUUACGUACAGUUAAUAAAAGUGGAUAUGGUCGACAAUUACAAUCACGUUCAUUAUUACGUAGUGGUUUUCGUACGGCUGCCGGUGGUGGUAAUUCAACAGCUGGUCUUGCAUUUUCACGUUCACAAAAUCCAAUAAAUUCAUUGAUGAAAUCUCGUGGUACAGCAGUUACUAGUGGAUUACGAACUGCUCUUGGUACUGGUACUGGAAGGCCAGCAACUGCUGUUCGUGGUGCUGGUUAUACAUCACAAUCAAGUCAAAAUCGUAUAUUUGAUCCACUUGGUCUUGCUAAUUCAUCAGGUCAAUCAGGUGGUAAUGGAUCAAAAUCGGUAUUUCAUUUACAGGAUGAAUCAGCACCGGAAUGGAAAAUCAAACAAAUGGAAAAACAGAUAAUGCGUUUGUUGGAUGAAAGUGUACAGACUGCACAACGACGACAAGAUUAUGGUCAGGCAUUAGAUUUAGCUAAAGAUUGUGUAGCUAAAGAACGAUCAUUAAAUCGUUUGAAAGAACAAUCUGGAUUGAUGGAAACAUAUGGAACAAAUUCCGAUCUAACAUUGGCUACAAUGUUCAAUUUAGCCGAACGUUAUUCUGAUGCUCAAAUGUGGUCCGAAGCAAUCAAUACAUAUCAGGCAUUGUUAAAAAAUCGUUCAUUUACUAAUACGGGAAGAUUUCGAAUGAAUAUUGGAGAAAUUUAUUUCCGUCAACGACAAUAUCCAAAAGCGAUAAAAUUUUUUCGUAUGGCAUUGGAUCAAAUUCCACAAACACAGAGUGAAUUACGAUUAAAAUUAAUGGCAAAUAUUGGUCUAGCGUUUGUACGAUUAACACAAUAUGCCGAUGCUAUUGCUGCAUUCGAAUUUAUAUUAGCCGAACGUGGUGAUUGGAAUGAUGCCGAAACUGUUUUUCAUUUAAUCGUUGCCUAUUAUGCACUUGGUGAUGGUGAUAAAAUGAAAUAUUAUUUUAAUAAAUUACUUCAGGUUAAAGUUGAAGAUCAAUUUGAAGAACGUUAUGGUCAUCAUGAAAUCCUAACAAAUGGUGGUAUCAUAUUUGCUGGUGGUACAUCAAGUUUAGGUGGUUCGACAGAGACGAAUGAAACUAUUGAUCAUCGAACUUCGGCAUCAUCAUCAAUCAAUCAACGGCCAACAUCACCAAUAUUAUUGAUUCGUGAUGAACAAGAUCAUUUUAAUAAUUUAUUGAUCGAAGCAAUACGUAAUGAUCGUUUACGUCAAUAUGAAAAGGAAAUUAUUCGUCAUGUUGAAUGGUGUAUAUUGACAGCAGCAAAAUUGAUUUCACCAUUUAUUGAAGUUGAUCAUGUUCCUACUGUACCAAAUGGAUUAAUGGUUAUGCCAAUCGAUUCAUACAAUCGAAAUCAAAUGACAAAUGGUGAACUACCACCUUCAUCAUCAUCAAUAACAUCUGGAUAUGAUUGGUGUCUGGAACAGAUACGUCGUAUGGCUUCAAUUACAUCGACCACAUUGUAUAGUGUGAAUUCUGGAUUGAAUUUCAUACAUUUAGCCGAUGAAUUAGAAUUGUAUAAAGCGACAAAACAAUUACGAGCACGCGAAUUCGAUCAAGCAAUAUCUACAUUAAAAUCAUUCGAAUCAAAAGAUCGAUUACUAACAUCAUCACGUACGGCUAGCGCAAAUGAUCCUUCCAAUCGAUUAAAUGUGAUGUCAACAACAUCGGCUACAAUCUCAUCGUCAACUUCUUCAUCUUCGGCAGCGAUACGAAUGUCUUCAGCGACAGCCAGGGUUUCGGCAACGGCAGCUACAAAUCUAUCAUUUUUAUAUCUACUUCAACGUGAUUAUGAAUCGGCCAAUCGUUAUGCAGAUGAAGCAAUUUCAAUUGAUCGUUAUUGUUCAGGUGCCGUACUAAACAAAGGCAAUAUAUUCUUUCGACAAGGUGAUUUUCAACGUGCAAUCGAAUAUUAUCAAGAAGUGAUAGCAAAUAAUUCAACAAUAUUAGAAGCAUAUUUUAAUCUAGCAUUAGCUGAACGUAAACUUGGUCAUUAUGAUAGUGCAUUGGAUGCUCUAUAUCGUUUACGUACAAUAAUACGGAUACCAAAAAAUCAAUCAAAUAUGUUGAAUCAAAAAAUAACCAAUACAAUCGAAGUAAAUCUAAUGUAUCAAAUUGGUUUAAUCUAUGAAUCGAUGGGUAAUCAAGAUCAGGCAAGAGAUUUUUUUCAAAAAGUUUUACAACUUGUUCCAACUGAUGUUGGUCUUUUAAUUAAAAUGGCCGAUAUGGCAUCGGAUGAAAAUGAUCGUAAACAAUCAUUAAAUUACUUACAUGAAUCAUAUCGUUAUCUACCAUCACAUAUACCAACCAUUGAACGUUUAGCUGCCUAUUAUAUUGAAAUGAAAAUGUAUGAUCAAACUAUUAAAUUUCUUGAACAAUUGGCCAUUAUACAACCAAAUCAAAUUAAAUGGCAGCUAAUGAUUGCUGCAUCAUAUCGUCGAUCGGGAAAUUAUCCACAAGCAUUAUCAACCUAUCAAUCGAUUCAUCAACGUUUUCCGGACAAUAUUGAUUGUUUAAAAUUUUUAGUUCGUCUUUGUUCCGAAUUAGAAUCGAAUGAACCGAAUGGAUCAUAUGGACAAUUAGUUGAACAAUAUUCGGAUCAUCUUAGACGUUUGGAAAAAACACGUGAAUUACGUGAAGAACAAAAAUUAACAUCCAGUCGAAGUGCAUCAAGAGCAUCAACAGCGGCUAGUCGACAAACUCAUGUAAAUGCCUCUAAUGGUAAUCGUAAUCUAAGCGGUGGUGGUGGAUCUAGUUCACGUGAAGGAUCAGCUGCAACUACUUCAUCAAACGGAAGCGGUAGCAGUGGCUAUAUGACCAAAUCAAUUACACCGACAAAAUCAAGUCCAAGAUUAUUGAUUGCUACAAAUAAUAAUAAUGAUAUAAAUAGUGGUUCAUCAAAAUCAUCAGCAGGUUCCAUUAGUGCUAUUGUUGAUCAGGUUGUUGAACAAUUUGAUACGAAUAAUAUGGAAAGACCAACAACAUCAUGGCGUGAUCGUAAUCUAAAAUCAUCACAUGGUCGUGUUAUGACAGCAAUGGGCAGAGGUAAUGGUGGUGAUCCUGAUGAUGAAGAUUUUCUAUUGGAUGCAAAUAUUGAUGAAAUGUUACCGGAUUAAUUUAAUUCAAUUCUUAUUGUUAUUAUGAUUGAAUGUUGUGAUAUGCAAUAAUAUUUGAAAAUUAUGCACUAAAAUUUAUUUAACUA